AUGGCAACGGCGUCGUUUGCAAGCGCCAAUGCCUCGAAAAGACCGAGUCAUGGCAACAGCCUUACAUCGUUCGACUUGCCGGAUAAUUGCACAGACAGCGGCGUCGGAGCAAUGCUGCCCAUUUUUCUCAACGAUCUCAGAAGAAACUACGACGACCAAGAUUUAGUCGAAGUCGUGUUGGAGCUCGAAGACGACUCCAUUGUGGUCUGUAGCGUAACUGCACCCACCUCAAACAAUGCGAACCUUGACGAAAAUGGAGCGCCGACACCGACAGAGGGUUUUUUGUCCAGGAGUCUAUCUGCGACGACAAGAAUUCGCCGGAAGUUUCCGUGGCUGAGAUCAUCGUCGUCGAGAACGUCGUCGGAUGUCGAUGAUCCGACGAUAUCGGCACGUGAGGCUAUGAAAAUGAAAGCGAAACUAGUACGGACGAAAUCGAGUGCUCAACGAGCUCUGGGAGGUCUCAGGUUCAUAAACAAAACUACCGGAACCUCAGAAGCAAAUGAUCUUUGGAAAAAAGUGGAGUCGAGGUUUGAAGCCCUCGCCAAUGACGGUUUGCUCGCAAGAGAAGACUUCGGUGAAUGCAUCGGGAUGGCUGAUUCGAAGGAGUUCGCUGUGGGGGUGUUUGAUGCACUGGCGAGAAGGAGACGUCAGAAGACAGGGAAGAUAACGAAAGCAGAGCUUUAUGACUUUUGGUUGCAGAUUUCGGACCAGAGUUUUGACGCUCGUCUUCAGAUUUUCUUUGACAUGGCAGAUAUCAACGAAGAUGGAAGAAUCACAAGAGAUGAAGUGCAGGAGCUAAUAAUGCUGAGUGCUUCUGCGAAUAAGCUGUCCAAACUGAAAGAACAGGCAGAGGAAUACGCUUCACUGAUAAUGGAAGAGCUAGACUCUGAAAAUCUUGGUUACAUUGAGUUAUGGCAAUUGGAAACUCUGCUUUUACAAAGGGACACCUACAUGAAUUACAGCAGACCUCUCAGCACGGCAAGUGUUGGCUGGAGUCAGAACUUAAGUACAUUUAGGCCCAAGAAUGUGGUACGCAAGGUGAGCUGCACACUCAAGUAUCUAAUAUUAGAGAACUGGCAAAAGGGAUGGAUCUUACUGCUAUGGAUAAUGGCCAUGGGUUGGCUUUUCGCAUGGAAGUUUAACCAAUAUAGGCAAAGGGCAGCAUUUCAAGUAAUGGGUUAUUGCCUGACAACAGCCAAAGGGGCAGCAGAGACUCUAAAGCUCAACUUUGCUCUCAUCCUUCUACCUGUAUGCCGAAAUAUGCUAACAUGGCUAAGGUCUACAAGAGCAAGGCUAUUCAUCCCUUUUGAUGACAACAUUAAUUUUCAUAAGUUGAUAGCUUGGGCCAUAGCAAUCGGAAUCCUACUUCACGCUGGGAACCAUCUGGCCUGUGAUUUUCCCCGUCUGAUCAACUCAACAUCGGAAAAAUUUGCCCUCAUUUCCUCGGAUUUCAAUAAUGCUAGAAAGCCCACCUAUAAAGACCUUUUGACUGGUGUUGAAGGCAUUACUGGGAUUUCUAUGGUGAUUCUGAUGACCAUCGUAUUCACAUUAGCAACACGAAGCUUCAGGAAAGAUGGGGUGAAGCUUCCAGCACCAUUCAACCGAUUAACAGGCUUUAAUGCAUUCUGGUAUUCUCAUCACCUUCUUGCUGUAGUCUACGUAUUGCUACUAGUGCAUGGAACCUUCUUGAUCUUCGUCCACAAAUGGCAGGAGAAAACGACAUGGAUGUAUAUCUCUGUUCCCCUGUUCCUCUACAUAGCAGAGCGGAGCCUACGAAUAUCUCGAUCAGAACAUUACUCAGUUAAGAUCUUGAAGGCUUCAGUAUUACCCGGAGACGUCUUCAGCUUAAUUAUGUCUAAGCCAAAUGGCUUUAAAUACAAAAGUGGGCAAUACAUAUUUCUACAGUGUCCAAGUAUCUCCCAAUUUGAAUGGCAUCCAUUUUCAAUAACUUCGGCACCUGGAGACAACUACCUCAGCGUUCACAUUCGGACAGUAGGAGAUUGGACGCAAGAGCUUAAGCGAGUAUUUACCGAGGAUAAUGGUUCAACAUGUGUGAUUGGUCGAGCCAAGUUUGGACGAGUCAAGCAUGUAGAUCAAACAGGUUUACCCCGGCUGAUUGUUGAUGGACCUUAUGGCGCUCCAGCACAGGACUACCGAAACUAUGAUGUGUUACUCCUUGUGGGGCUCGGAAUAGGAGCUACUCCUUUUAUAAGUAUCCUGAGAGAUCUAUUAGACAAUACAAGAACACUAGAAGACCAAAUGGAUUCAAACACAGAAACAAGCAGAUCAGAUGAUAGCCAAACUAGUAUUGCCUCUUCAAGUUCGUCAAAUGGAAAGAAGAAACCACAAAGAAGUACGAGCGCACAUUUGUAUUGGGUUACCAGGGAUCCUGGGUCCUUUGAAUGGUUUAAAGGGGUGAUGAAUGAAGUAGCAGAGAUUGACCAAAAAGGUCAAAUUGAGAUGCACAAUUAUCUUACAAGUGUGUAUGAAGAAGGGGAUGCAAGAUCAACCCUCAUAACAAUGGUCCAAGCUCUCAACCAUGCCAAACAUGGUGUUGACAUUCUAUCUGGCACCAGAGUGAGGACACAUUUUGCAAGACCAAAUUGGAAAGAAGUGUUCGCGAAAAUAGCUUUAAAGCAUCCAUAUGCGACAAUAGGAGUGUUCUACUGUGGGAUGCCAGUGUUGGCAAAGGAGCUGAAGAAGCUGUCACAUGAGCUGACUCACAAGACAUCCACACGUUUCGAGUUUCACAAGGAGUAUUUCUGA